AUGACAACUGAAUACGCGGGAUCGUCAAACGAGGCAGUGGAAAUUAGAUUGCGUAGAAGCGAGGCUGAUGAACGCCAGCUGGAAUCCGAGGAAGAGUUGAGGCUGACGCGACCAUGGAAUCCAACAUUCACGUAUCCAAUAUUUGGUACAGAGGAGCAAAUUUAUGGCUAUAAGAAUCUGAAAGUUACUGUUGAUAUGGCUUCUGGCUCAUUGAAAUCUCAACUCAACGUAAAUUACGGCGAUAAGAAAGAGGAUGCUGAUAACGUUGUCGACAGUAUCAAGGAAUAUUUACCAUUAGAGGAAGGAGACUUUGAAGAGCUUUUGGACAGAGACGCGCGGGAAUUCAAACCUUGCGGUGAUCUUAUUAAAACAUACACACGCGCGUCCGCAAAAUCUCAAGGCAAAGGUAAAGGAAAGAGAAGGAAGGUCGAAACGUCAUCAGGAUCAGUCGCGGGCGAGGAAGGCGAUGUUGUGUACGAGAUAUACAGAGCUAAGUGGGAUACUCCCGGCUGGAAAGCUUUUAAUAAGCGGAUGCAAUUCUUUUUGUUGUUGUUUAUCGAAGCAGCAAACUAUCUCGAAGAAGAUGACGACAACUGGGAAUUCUUCACUUUGUUCGAGAAGAGGAGCAGAGAUAACGGAGAAAACACAUAUCACUUCGUUGGAUAUUCAUCUCUUUACUCCUUCUAUCACUUCCCUACUGGUCGUAGGCAACGUUUAUCACAAUUCUUCAUCUUGCCUCCAUAUCAAAGACAAAGCCAUGCAUCUGAACUGUAUAACGCUAUUCGCAGUGAUGUGCUGUCUAGACAGGAGAUUAUUGAAUUAGGUGUGGAGGAUCCUUCAGAGUCAUUUGACGUCCUUCGUGACGUGAAUGAUCUUCGUUGGUUGAGCGAUGAGCACCUUCUAGACAAUAAAACGGCUGCAGACAUGAACAGGAAUUGGAUAGAACAAGAAAGACAAAAGCUUAAAGUGCCCAAGCGCCAGUUUCUGCGUUUGAUCGAGAUGCUUCUGCUUCACAAGCUGGAUCCAAAGAAUCAAGAGCAGUCCAAGAGGUUCAGACUUUUGGUUAAAGAUCGUCUUUACAGGUUCAACUACGAACAAUUAAUUGGUUUGACGCCAGAAGAGAGGAAAGCUGCUUUACAGCUGACUUAUGAAGGUGUUGUUGACAACUACCGUGAUGUACUUCUCAAAAGUCAUAUCUGA